AUGCCUGGUACGAAGGAUACAAAAAGACAACCUGAGUCUUGCUCGCAUAAUCUUCGAGAGAAAAGAAGAGCCAAUGCCAAGAAGAGAAGACAUAAGAAACUGAACAAAUACUCGUUCAUGAACCACAUGAAAGUUGACGGAUGCGAUUACAACUUCAUCACGAAUCCUGAAUACCUGGAUGAAAAAUACGGGUCGGAAAAGAGCUUCUACAUCAAGAAUUUCAUCAGAUGCAUCCAUGAAAAAAUCGAUUCUGAUAUUAGGUCGAUGGACGACGCAUUUAUUGAUUCUUUGGACCCUUGGCUGAAGAGCAAGUUAUUCUUGUUAUUGGUCACUUUAUCAGAACAAGGUGGUUCCGAUUAUAGGAUUGAUGAUGACGAUGAUAAUGGCGAUGAUGAUGAAACCAUUGAUAAACACGACGCCGAUGAGGUGUCAGGUUCGGAUGAGCCGAAAAAGGAAGAUAUUGAUGCUGCUGCUAAUAAGAAAUCACAAACGACUAAGCUGACUGAAUUGUUCAAGACGCCUACUUUGAUGGAACAGAUUAUGAAGGAAAAUAUCAAUGAAGAGUUUUCUGAGUCAAAUUAUGAUGAUAAUUAUGUGUUUUCAUCCAUAUGGGCGAAUUUCAUGGAAGGGUUGAUUAACCAUUAUUUGGAAAAGAUUAUUGUACCUCAGUCAGAAAUGAAGGUUUGUAAAGGGCUAUAUAAGCCUAUGAUGAAAAUUAUUUCAUUGUAUAAUGAAUACAAUAAGCUUUUAGGUAAAGGAGAAAUGAAUGUGCACAUACCGUCUAUUGAAGAAUUGGAAAUGAAUGAUGAGCAUCCAACAGCACAACCAGAAGGCAAAUCCAUGACAACUACUGAAAAGGAGAAGUUAAUAAUGCAGGCUCGUCAAGAUAUUCCCAAAACUAUUAGUGAUGAACUAACGUUAUUAUCAGAAAUGUACUCUACUAUCUUGGCAGACGAACAGGAUUAUCAGUUAGAAGAAUUUUUAGAUCAUGCGGAGGAAUUUAUUGAAUUAGAAUACUUACCUAGUCUGGUCAAUUUUUUAUUUGCGAACUGUGGAUCAAGAACCUUUUGGAAAAUUAUGAUUGUAUUGGAACCGUUUUUCUAUUAUAUUGAAGAUAUUGAUGAUGUGGAAGACCAAAAGGAGGUAAACUCUGUCAACGGAUCACCUGGUGACAAAAGUAACUUGACAAACGGUUGUUCAGAUCCAAGAGUGAGUACAUUAGAGAAAAUUUGUGAAGUUGCAGCUAUCCAACAGUGGUCUUAA